AGAAACUGUCAGAACCAUUGCUUUAUCAUUCAGAUAUAGAUUUAUCUGGACUACAAUGCCUUACCUCAACUUCUCGACCGAGGAUUUCCCUAAUUUGCAGAAUCUUUUUAAAUUUCUUACAAAUUUUCUCACUCGCCGCAAUAGUCGAAUAGACGUGACUUCUCUGAAACUCAGUUUUCGGGGAAAGUUUACCCAAUUAUUCGUCAAAAAACUCAUGGGGUAUGCAUUCUCUCACAAUAUCCAACAACUUGAUGUUGUAUGUGUGUCUGAGAAUGACAUUGAGUUUCCCGCCCUCUUACUGUUCAGUUCCGGUCAGUCCCUCAAACAUCUCAGUUUGACAAACGGGUCGAACGAGAGGUGGUCGAGAAAGAGGUCCAAGAGGUACAGACCCAAACUUAAAGCCGCCACGUCAAUUUUGGAGCUCCCAGGAUUAACAACAUUGUAUCUUCAAGGUGUCACUUUCUGUAGUGAUGACCAUCCUGACAACAAGUGUGUUGGUUUUUUAUCCAAGUGUCCAAACUUGAAGAUUCUCACCUUAAAAAACUGUGAAACAGAUGGAAUGGAUUGUUUUAGUAUCGGUCAUCCUGGACUAUCUAAUCUCACUCUUGAUAAAGGACUCAAUAAAAAGGUUGUUAAUGUGGUUGCACCUCAACUCGAGAAUCUGUCUAUUAGAUAUGCCAACUUUGAGGAGUAUGUGAUUUCUGCACCUAAUCUUGCCUCCUUCUCUUAUAGAGGGGACUAUCCUUUGCACCUUAAUCCUACAGAUGGUUUCCCGUGUUUGAAGGAGGCGGAUAUUUGUGUUUACUAUCCCAAAGAAACCCAUUCUCAUCAAAUGGUUGGUCUGCUUCAACAGCUCCACAAUGUCAAAUUUCUUACACUUAACUUGGAAUUUAUUGAGCUUCUUUCUUCAUCUGUGGAACUAAUCUCUCAGCAACCUUCUCUGUUUGUUAACUUAAAGAGGUUAACUAUUUACCCGCAUAAGGUUUUUGAGUAUGAUAUGAGGGGACUUCCGAAAGGGAAAGUCAAUUUGUCUACUGAAUUGAAACAAUAUUUGCUGGAUAGUUCACCAGGGGCGACCAUCACAAUGAUUUCCCCUGAGGAGAUUAUAGCAUCGAAGGAUGCCGCAUCAGCAAAAAAGCUUAUGACUGAAUUACGAGUACUUCUGGAACAAGAGAAAGCUAAUACCAAGACCAAAGGGAAAGCCCCAAUGGUGAGCAACAAUGGAGAGAGAAAGAUGCAACUUCAAAUUGGGGGAAACAGAGCACUGAUCAAGAAUUAUUGGAAAGAUCUGAAUGUGCAGUUUGAGCAAAGGAAAGCCAAGGCUUAUAUCAUUAUUUCCAAGCUGGAGAGCAUUGAAGAAGUACUCAAAAAGUUGCCUGCAGCAAACCGUGCUCUGAUUCAACCAUGUUUUUCUAGAAUUUGUGCUCAAGCCGACAAUCUCAUGAAUCAAAUACUGAAGAUGCAGUGUGAUGAGAUUCAAAGUCGUACAAGUGUGUUUUCAUAAACUUGCUACAAUACACCAAUGGAACAGUCGUCUUAGCAAACUCCAAGGCAACAGUGAGCAGCCUAUAUAUUUGCACAAGCUCGAACAGUAAAGCUAUAUAACUCCUAGCGAUAUGCUUUUUUGCUGGUAGGAUGCACACGGAUGACAAUGAUCAUAUAGCAUAGCACUUAUCGGUAUAUAUCUUGUGGCUCAGCUCUUAUUUUAUAGCGCUUAUCGCUAUAUAUCUUGUGGCUCGGCUCUUAAUACAAAGUGAUAUAGCUCCUGUGAAACCAGAGUUCAAUGUCUCUUAGGCGAAAUACGUUUUUUAACAUACAUUGUCUUCACGUAUCUGUAAGACGGUACUAAAAUUAUGGGGUGUUCAGGCAACAAAUAAACAUGUGCCCUCUUCAAA